GUACAGUAUAUGGAACUCAUGGGAGACGAGGGAGGCAAACUUACACCAGAUACCAAACGCUAGAGUUAGAGAAGGAAUUUCAUUUUAACAGAUACUUAACCCGAAGACGCCGUAUUGAGAUUGCAAACGCUCUCUGCCUUACUGAACGCCAGAUUAAAAUAUGGUUUCAAAACAGGCGAAUGAAAUGGAAAAAGGAAAACAAAUUCAUAAAUUCCACACAGCCCAGCAGCGAAGAAACAGAGGAAAAGUCAGGGGAGUAGAACCACGUUUAAUAAACUCUACCAGGCC